UUCACUACAAACCGAAACCUCAGGCCAACGCCUCUAGGCUUUUGGCGGCUUGGCCCCUCUUCGCUUUCUUCCUCCUCAGAGUCGGUGAAAGCCAUUACUUUCGAAAGAGUUGCAGAGAUGGUUUUGUCUAACAGAAAGCUGAAGCAAAAGCUAAGAGAAAAACUAGCUCAAUCGUUAGUUGAAUCUGUAGCGAAGCCUAAAACCGACCCGACAAAUGAUGGCUCGGAAAAUCCGGACCCGAAAUCGACCCCCCGGUCCCUGAAAGUGCUUCUGGACUCCGCAACCCAGAAACCCAGAUUGUCCAAGCGGGAAAAACGAAGAAAGAUCCUGUCUUUGCGAGGUCCAGAGGUGGUGAGUGUGAAUGGCAGUGGUGGUAAUUUGGGAGGAAACAAGGGGGAGGAAGGGAAAAGGGAUGUGGGUUUAGAGGGUAUGGGGGUUGAGAAGAAGAAGGAGGAGGAGAAGAAGAGGAAGAGGAAGAGAGAUGAUGAGGAGGAAAAAGAUGGAGAUUUGAGUGCAGAGCAAAAUGGGGUUGUGAAGAAGGAGAGUAAGAAGCCAAAGAAGAAGAGUAAAACGAAGAAGAAGAAGAGAAAGACUGGGGCGAAAACCGAGGAAGAGAAGAAGGGUGGUGAGGUUGGGAAUGGAGAGCAAGUUGUCCAGGAAACAGAUAUAAACAUUGAUAGGCAAGCGAGUGGGGAUGUUCCGACAAAAGUUUAUGUGGGAGGCAUUCCUUAUUACUCGACCGAGGAUGAUAUUCGAAGUUACUUUGAAAGCUGCGGCACGAUAACUGAAGUUGAUUGUCUGAGGUUUCCUGACAGCGGGAAGUUUAGAGGAAUUGCUAUUAUUAGCUUUAAGACAGAAGCAGCAGCUAAGCGUGCCUUGGCUCUUGAUGGAGCUGAAAUGGGUGGACUGUUUCUGAAAAUCCAGCCAUACAAGGCAACUCGACCCAAUAAACCAAAUAAAGUAUCUGAUUUUGCCCCCCAAAUUGUGGAGGGAUACAAUAGAAUCUAUGUUGGAAAUUUGUCAUGGGAUAUUACUGAGGAUGAUUUAAGGAAACUUUUCUCGGAUUGCAAGAUAUCAUCUAUACAUUUUGGUAUGGAUAAGGAAACAGGGGAAUUUCGAGGUUACGCUCAUGUAAAUUUCUCUGAUAGUCUCUCGGUGACGAUGGCAUUGAAGCUAGAUCAGAAGGUUGUAUGUGGAAGACCUGUCAAGAUAAGCUGUGCAGUUCCUCUGAAAAAAGCAGGGACUCCUUCAACUCCUGCACUUACAACUCCAAGUACCCAUUCAACAUCUGUAGCUUCAGCUAUGUGUACUGAUUCCAUUCCCGUAAAUACUACUUUGGGUACAGGGGCUGAUGACAGUGGGUUGAGUGCCAGUAAGAUUAAGAGGAGGACGUGCUAUGAGUGUGGUGAGAAGGGCCAUCUUUCUUCGGCUUGUUCAAAGUCUGCAACUACAAUAUUAAGUACCCAUUCAAUACCACUAGCUACAACUGCAAGUACCGAUCCGACACCAGUUGCUACAGAUUCAGGUAAAAGAGCUGAUAAUGGUGGGUUGAGUGCCACCAGCGGUAAGAUUAAGAGGAGGACGUGCUACGAGUGUGGUGAGAAGGGUCAUCUUUCUUCAGCUUGUCCAAAGUCUGCAACAACAGCUUUUAAUACCCAUUCAACACCAGUAGCUAAAACCACAAGUACCGAUCCGACACCAGUUGCUACAGCUACAGGAGCUGAUAAUGGUGGGUUGAGUGACAUCAGUGGUAAGAUUAAGAGGAGGACGUGCUAUGAGUGUGGUGAAAAGGGUCAUCUUUCUUCAGCUUGUCCAAAGGCUGGUACUACACCUUCAAGUACCCAUUCAAUUCCAGUAGCUACAGUUACAAGUACCAGUCUAAUACCAGUAGCUACAACUACAAGCACCGCUUGGAUACCAGUUACUACAACAAGAAGCACCGAUUUGCCACCAGAUGAUACAACUACAGGCACCGGAGUUGAUACUAGUAGUGCGAGCACUGGUAAGAUUAAGAGGAGGACGUGCUAUGAAUGCGGUGAGAAGGGACAUAUUUCUUCAGCUUGUCCAAAGAAGCAAACCAAUGCAAGUUAAGCAUGUCACCUGCAGGCAGUAUCCUAAGUUUUUCCUAUUAAUUACGUUUAGGAUAAACAUACAUAGUACUCUUUUCGAGUAGGUUGUUGAAAAGCCAAAAGUUGUUAGUGAGUCCAAUUUUGGGAAAUUUUGUUUUCUCCAUGUAGCUUAGUUUGAGGCAAAGAUAUGUAAAACUGAGAUAUUUCUUUCUUAUUGACAAGGCAGAUUAUGUUACUUG